CAAUGUCAGUGGUGAAAAUAACGUGAGCGUUUCGUGGCGACAAAAUAUGGCGCAUAACCUAAAAUUUACAGAUGUACAACAGAUGGAUAUACUUCGAAAAAUGAACGCUGCCGAUUUAAUACAAGAAGUAGAAAAAUAUCCGUUACUUUAUGAUAACAAAUAUCCCAAUCAUACACAAUUAACAUCUGAAAUGAAGAAAAAGACGUGGGAAAUUAUAGCCGAAAAGUUGUACGGACAACAACGUUGGGAAAGUUGUAAUGAAGUAGAACGAGAAGCUAUAGCUAAAGAAAUUCAAUUCAAAUGGAAAAAUCUUAAGGAUAACUUCAUGAGGAUAUUGAAAAAAGAAAAGGACGAUGAGGAUAACGGGAUAGUUUUGAAAAGGAAGAAAUACAUUUAUUAUGAUUUAUUGAGUUUUCUCAAGCCUUUUGCACCUUUUGCAAAAAAGAAUGCGGAUGUUAAAGAUGAAAUGGAAUUAGGAGGAAAGAACGCUUCCAAUAUAAUCUACAUAAAUGAAACAAAAGAUGAAUUAGAAGAAGAAACGUUGUUGCAAAUGUCAUCCCCGCCUCCUAUAGCUCCGAAACCAGUCAAAAUCCCACCGAGUAUGAAUUCGAUGCCGUCGUUCGGUACUUUGCAGCCCGUGCAGCUGAUCCAGCUGCAACCGAACAAUCUGGCUCAGAAUGUAACUAAAGACGACGGCGCAGAAUCGGCGAAUCAGAAGUUGGCGCAGGUGCUGGAGCAGAUGGCGCAUGCGCAAGACGAGGAAAAAACCGACGAUCCUAUGGGGAAUAAAAAAUUUUUGAUGUCUUUGGUUCCUUUUAUGAGGAAAUUACCCGACGACGUCAAUUUGGAAGUCAGACUUCAAUUAAUGAGCGUAUUACAAAGUUACGUUGGGAAAGAUGUUUCGUAAUGUCGUUUUUUUUUAAUAAUAUUUUUUUUUGUAUAUAUUGAAUUACUGUUCGACUAAUUUGUUGUUGUAUUCAAAAUUUUUUUAAAUAAAG